CACAGGCCAGGCUUGAGGCCAGCAGCUGAAAAAGCAAGAUAAGCUGGGGUGUGGAGUGGCGCUUUCUCCAUAAAGGGAUGGAGCCCUGGCUCUGGUUUCUGAUGUGGAAGUGGGAUGCUUCAGGUUGCUAACUCGUCCGCUCAGCUGCAGCCUCGGGAUGGGGUUCCAGUCCAGCUCUCUCCUGCUUCUGUCUGUCCUGUCCAUGACGGCGCUCCUUUCUGUAGCCCCCGUGCAGGGCAACGGGACCCUGGCCCACAGGAAGGUCAAGAGGGGGUUCCCCAGAGACUGCAGCUACAUUCCCAGGGACAGCCCCAGCGGGAUCCAUGUCAUCCAGCCGGAAGGCUCUCCCCCUCGGGUGGUGUGGUGUGACAUGGACACCGAAGGCAAAGGCUGGACCGUUGUCCAGAGAAAUUCUUACAACACAGAGAUCACCUGGAAGGAGUCCUGGAGCACCUACAAGUAUGGCUUUGGGAACGUGCAGGAGGAUUACUGGCUGGGCAACGAGUACCUGUCCCUGCUCACGCGGCAGAACACCUACAAGGUCCGCUUUGUCGUGGAGGACAAAUCCAACAACACCCGCUACGCGGAGUACGACAUCUUCAGCGUUGAGGAUGAGCCCAGCGGGUACCCGCUGAGGCUGGGCAGGUACUCUGGGGACGGCGAGGACUAUCUCACCACCUACCACUCCGGCCUGGGGGGCAUACACGACAACAUGAAGUUCAGCACAACUGACAAGGAUCAGGACCAGGCCAGUGGGAAUUGCGCAAGUAGCUACGGAGGCUGGUGGUAUGACAAGUGUCAGAACAUCCUGCUCAAUGGGAAAGGCUACAUCUACUGGGCAGGGUUCUGUAAGAGCGGGGAGUGCAAGUCUUCCCUCAUCCUGGUUAAGCCAACAGAUGUGUGCUGGGUCUGGCAGAAGGAGCCCAUCCUCCCUGGGAGCCGGCGCCGCUGAGAAGAGGAGACAAUAUUGGAUCAGACACGGAGCUCCAUCUCCCACCUAAUCAGUGCAGUCCCUGCAAUGCCUCCAUUCUGCUCACCCUGUUCCCUGUUGGCUUCUUCACGGUAAAUCCCCUGGAAUAAACUCUGAGAGCUGACCCUGCCAGGACUUUACAUCUGAAUCUUGCAUGUAUUAGGGGUGGUGAGUUUGGGUUCAAAAACCUGGCCUCUGUCUUUUUAAUAAAUAUGGUUAUUAC